AUGAAUAGUAAUCAGAAAUUUAAUACGACAAAUAUUGAGAGUCAUGCAUCAGCUGUGCAUCAAAAUGCAAAUAUAUGUCAAGAAAUAAAUGAUUUACGUUUGAAACAAAUAGAACUUGAAGAAAAAUUGAAAAAUAUCGAAUAUGACGUGAUCAAACAUGAUGAAAUUGAUAAUUAUAGAAAGCAAAUUGAAAAAUAUCAAUCAGUUUUGACCUAUAAAAAUAAAUUAGAAUGUUUUCCGGGAGAAAAUCUAGAAAUUUUCCGUCUAUUUAUCUGGAAUUUAUGUUCGGAUGUAUGUAACUGGAAAUUACUCGCACAUUCUAUAUAUCAUAUUGAACAUUUAAUUAAUAAUCUUGAUAAUUAUCAAUUAAAAGAAAUUUUAAAAAAACAAUUUCAAAUUUUAUUAAAUGAUUUUAAGUUAUUUAUGAAAGAAUUAAUUAAUCUACAGAUAAAAUCAUCAACUUCUUCUGAAAUAAACUUGUCUAAUGAAAUUGAACAAUAUAUUCAGAAUCUUAAAAAUAAUAUGAUGAAUUUAAAAGAGUUAAUCUUAAUAAAUACCGAACGUUUUCAUACAAGUCAAGCAGGUACUGAUGCUAUUCAAACUCUUCUACAAGCUAUUGAUAAUAUAAAUUUUGAUUGUAAAAAAUUUAAUAAACAAGAUGAAAAUCAAAUUCGUUUAUUAGCUUUAAAACAAGAUCUAUUAGAAAAAGUUAAUAAAACAGAUUUAAUAAAAAUUAAAACUUAUAUUGAUAAUCAAAUAAAAGAAUUAAUUGAACUUAAUAAACAAAAUGCGAAACAAUUAGAAGAAAUUAAAUUAAGUAAAACUUCUACAUGCGAAGCUCGCUAUAUGCAAACAAUUCUUUCUAAUAAUCCAUUAUUAUCUCCUUAUAAGAAACAAAAUCGAGCUUACUCCUAUCAAAGUUCAAGACCAUAUAUUACUUUGGAGCUUGAUCAUAUACGUAAAUAUCAACAACAAGCAUUAUUAAAAUCACCAUAUGGUACCAUUCCACUAUAUAGACGACAAGCAUGGGCAGCAGCUAAUCUAUUUCAUGAUCAUCCGUUACAUUUAUUACGUCAUAUGCAAAAUUCACUUCGAAUGCAAAUACAUCAUUUAUUAAAUUAUGAUCUAUCUGAUCUUUGUAGCAGAAAUCAAAAACCGAAGAAAACAGAUAAAGAUUCUAACAUUAGAAUAUUUAGUACAAGUCGUGAUAUAUCAAUUGUUGGUAAUGAUAAUAAAUUAUAUCGUGGUCAAAUUGAUUCAUGUGAAAUAAUACCGUUAAAAAAUAUUAAAGAAAAAAAAUUAAAAUUAAAAGCAAAUAUAAAUGAAAAUAUUGAAAUUAAUUUUGAUCAAUUUGAUCAAAUAAAUAAAACAAUAGGUGAUGAAUAUUUAUUUGAAUAUUUAGAUUGGCAAACAAAAUUUAAUGAACAAGAUUUACCGGAUGAACUAUGCGAGGAAUUAUUUUCUCAUUGGAAAUCAAUUCUAUGUAAAGAACAACCAUGUGAUUGUAAUUCAGAAAUAAAAUUUGAAGAAAAUGAUUUAAUCAAUACUCAAACUGAUUCUACAUUAUCGGAUCAUACAAAUGAUGAUCAAUGUGUUUCUAAUGAUUUCGAAGAAUAUCCAAUAGAUGAAUCUAUGUGUCUUUGUUCACAAUAUUCAUGUGAAUGUUUAAAAGAUGAUCAAAAUGAGAUACAAGAUUCUACUUCAAAUAUUUUAUUAAAUAAUCAAUCAGAUGAUUUAACAAACGAAAUAAAUAUUCAACAGGAAUCUAAAAUAAUUUCAAAUGAUUCAAUACCAAUUGUUGAAGAAGAAAUAAUCCUAUCAGAUUGUUUUAUUAAUCAAAACGAUCAAUGGACACAACAAUUUGAUCUUUUUCAAAGUACUCAUCAACCAUUAUCUGAACAAAAUAAUAAAUUAUCCGGUUCUAUGAAUUGUACAAAUCUUGACUUAGAUGAUCCUACCGCUUUUCGACAACAAAUUCUUGAUCGUUAUCAACAAUAUAAUUAA